CUGCCCGGCCGAGCGGUAGCGCUGCGGCUGCCAGCCGUCACGGUGAGGCGCUGCGGGCAGCUUAGCCUGGGACGGCGGCUCAGGAGCUCGGCUGCCGGGGUCGGCGGGGAGCGGGCCCUGGGGACGGCGUUCGGUGCGUGCUUGGUGUAUAAUCCAGAAAUCUUCCACAAUGCUAGAGUCCUAUGUGACUCCUAUUUUAAUGAGUUAUGUGAAUCGCUACAUUAAGAACUUGAAGCCCUCAGAUCUACAGCUGUCACUAUGGGGAGGAGAUGUGGUUCUUAGCAAACUUGAAUUGAAGCUGGAUGUACUUGAACAGGAGCUGAAACUACCAUUUAGUUUUUUAAGUGGACAUAUUCAUGAAUUACGAAUCCAUGUACCAUGGACAAAACUAGGCUCAGAACCAGUUGUCAUCACUAUCAAUACAAUGGAGUGCAUCUUGAAACUAAAGGAUGGAGUCCAGGAAGACCAUGAAAGCAGUGGUUCCAGUUCAACGAACCGCAGUACCACAGAGAGUGCAAAAUCAUCAGUGAAACCACGACGAAUCCAGCAAACUGCUCCUUCUGAUCCUGAUUUACCGCCAGGUUAUGUGCAGAGUUUGAUUAGGCGUGUUGUAAACAAUGUCAACAUUGUGAUCAACAAUCUCAUAUUAAAGUAUGUGGAGGAUGAUAUUGUUCUCUCAGUAAAUAUCACUUCUGCAGAAUGCUAUACAGUGGAUGAAUUUUGGGAUCGUGCAUUUAUGGACAUCUCUGCAAAUGAUCUGGUACUAAGGAAAGUGAUUAAUUUUUCUGACUGCACAGUAUGUCUUGAUAAGAGAAAUGCUAGUGGAAAAAUUGAAUUUUACCAGGACCCUCUCCUUUACAAGUGUUCCUUCAGAACUCGUCUGCAUUUUACUUAUGAUAACCUUAAUUCCAAGAUGCCAUCUGUUAUCAAAAUUCAUACAUUAGUUGAAAGUUUGAAGCUUUCCAUCACUGAUCAGCAGCUCCCUAUGUUUAUACGCAUAAUGCAGCUUGGGAUUGCUCUUUACUAUGGAGAAUUGGGAAACUUUAAAGAAGGAGAAAAUGAAGACCUGGUUUGUCAUACUAAAGAUAUACUGGGAAACAGCUCAGGUGUAGAAGAUGAAACAGGUUCAGAUAUGCAAUAUUCUACCCAGUACAUUAACCAAGAACCCUACAUGCGUCAAGAUGAUGAUCAGCAGCAGGGAUGGGUUUCUUGGGCCUGGUCCUUUGUUCCUGCUAUUGUGAGUUAUGAUGAUGGAGAAGAUGACUAUACUGGAACAGAAGGUGGAACAAUACUGCAUCAGCAGAAAUCCCAGGCCCUUAAGGAUCCUAUUGUUUCUAUUGGGUUUUACUGCACAAAGGCAACUGUGACUUUCAAGCUUACUGAAAUGCAAGCUGAAAGUAGUUAUUAUAGCCCUCAGAAAGUAAAAUCCAAAGAAGUUAUACUUUGGGAGCAAGAAGGAACCACAGUUGAGGCCCUUAUGAUGGGAGAGCCUUUCUUUGACUGCCAAAUAGGUUUUGUUGGUUGCCAAGCUAUGUGCCUUAAAGGAAUUAUGGGAAUUAAAGACUUUGAAGAGAAUGUGAACAGAAGUGAUGCAGAGGCCUACUUCUUCAGUUGUGGAGAAAAUCUGAGUACAAAAGGAAUGACGUACCUUACCAAUUCACUGUUUGAUUACAGAAGUCCAGAAAAUAAUGGUAUUCGUGCAGAAUUUAUUUUGGAUGCAGCUCAUCAUAAGGAGACAUACUCAGAGAUAGCUGGAAUGCAGAGGUUUGGUGCCUUUUACAUGGAUUACUUGUACACAAUGGAAAGCACCAGUGGCAAAGUUUCUGGAAAUCAGCAAGACCUUUCUUCAUCAAAGAGUGAAGAUUUAGUAAAUGUGCAGGAGAUGUCUACAAAAAGCCUCAUUGUAGGUCCGCUUAAUCUUCGAUUGGAUAGCAGUGCAGUACACAGGAUUAUGAAAAUGAUAGUUUGUGCUGUGGAACAUGAAUAUGAGCCAUAUAACAAGCCCAAACCAGAUAUUGUGGAAGGAAAUAGAACUAUGCCAAACUCAGAAGAAAUAGCAUCUUUGGAGGAAUACAUUCCCACUCGACUCACAAGCUUUACCAUUCUUAAAUGCACCAUUACAAUCUCUAUGGCUGAAUUCAAUUUACUGGGCCAUUUGCUACCUAUAAUCAUGGGACAGAAGAGUUCAAGUGGUUUGUUAAAUGCUGGAAGCUUCCAGCCUUUACGGCCUUUGCCUGCUAUUAGAAUACUGAUGGACAAAAUUAAUCUGGAACAUUCUGUGCCAAUGUAUGCUGAACAACUUGUGCAAACAGUCAGCAGUCUUAGCCAACCUUCUGAUAACCUGCUUCAUUAUUGUUAUGCACACUGCUACCUUAAGAUAUUUGGUUUUCAGACAGGAUUGACCUCUUUGGACAUUAGAGGAUCAUACUGCUUACCUACUCCAAUUAUCCCCUCUUUUAGUACUGCUAUUUAUGGCAAACUGCUUAAGUUUCCCAAAUAUUGGACCAAGCGAUCUCAUGUUCCACUAACAGAAUGCAUAUUUGAACUUCCAAAUCUGACAGUUCAAGCAACUAGAGCCCAGACCCUUCUUCUACAAACUAUUUAUCAGAGCUGGUCUCAUCAUGUUGGAAAUGUCAGUUCUGCAGUGGUAAAUGAAGUUUUGCUGAAUGAAAUCUUCCAAACUUUAGGUGUGAAAUCUAAGAAUCCCCUGCCAACUCUUGAGGGCUCAGUCCAGAAUGUUGAAUUGAAGUACUGCAGCACAUCAUUGGUCAAAUGUGCCUCUGGGACCGUGGGAUCAAUAAAAAUUUGUGCCAAAGCCCCAGGUGAUGGUGGAAAAGAGAAGCUGAUUCCUUUAAUUCAAGGCCCUUCUGACACCAGAGACCUACACAGCAGCAAAUGGCUCAAUGAAAGUAGAAAACCAGAAUCUCUCUUAGCGCCAGAUAUGGUAGCCUUUACAAUCCAGAGUCCACAGUAUAUGGACUAUUGCCAUAAUUCUGGUGCUGUACUUUUGGCCAGUGUGCAGGGAUUAGCAGUCAAUAUUGAUCCUGUCUUGUAUACUUGGCUUAUGUACCAACCUCAGAAACGAAGUAGUAGACACAUCCAACAGCAGCCCGUAGGAACUGUUCCUCUUGGUAUGCCAGUAACGAGAAAAAAAGAGGAUGAGGUGUCAGUUGGAAGUAUGCCUUUGGCAAAGCAGCAGUCAAAUCAAGCUUCUGAGUAUGCCAGCAGCCCUGUCAAAACAAAAACUGUAACAGAAUCUAGGCCUUUGUCACUUCCAUUGAAAGCCAUGCUGACCUCAUCUGAGAGCUGCAGAAGUCCUGAGGAGAGAAUGAAAGAAUUUAUUGGGAUAGUGUGGAAUGCAGUUAAACGCCUUACACUUCAGCUUGAAGUGCAGUCCUGUUGCGUGUUCGUUCCAAAUGACAGCCUGCCUUCCCCAAGUACAAUCGUGUCUGGUGACAUUCCUGGAACUGUCCGAAGUUGGUACCAUGGGCAGGCUCGUAUGCCUGGUACGCUAGUUCUUUGCUUGCCCCAGAUAAAGAUUAUGAGUGCUGGACACAAAUAUAUGGAACCACUGCAAGAAAUCCCCUUUGUUAUGCUAAGAUCCAUUCUUGAAGAAGGUGAUGCCUUCCCCUGGACAAUCAGUCUGCAUCAUUUCAGUGUGUAUACUCUUCUUGGACAACAAAUGACACUUAAUUUAGUGGAACCCAUGGGCUGUACUUCUACUCUAGCUGUCACUUCACAAAAACUACUUGCCUCAGGGCCAGAAUCCAGACACUCGUUUGUUGUUUGCCUCCAUGUCGACCUUGAGUCACUUGAAAUAAAAUGCUCGAACCCCCAGAUACAGCUUCUGUAUGAACUGACUGACAUCAUGAGCAAAGUCUGGAAUAAGAUUCAGAAGAGAGGUAUGCUGUAUCAAUCUUCUGUCUACACGGAGUCUGUGACAGGGCCUGCUCCUCCUAGCUCUCCAAUUAAAAGUAGUGUUGGGACAGCUCCACCGGAUACCAGCACAUAUAGCCCAUCUGCUGACUUUGGAACCACUACAGAGGCUGAUUCUGUACAAGGUGGUGAUGAUUCUCCAUUCUCAGACUCUGUUACCUUGGAGCAAACAACAAGUAACAUUGGAAUAUCAAGUGGACGUGUUAGCUUGUGGAUGCAAUGGAUGUUGCCAAAAAUUACUAUAAAGCUGUUUGCACCAGAUCCUGGAAGUAAAGGCACAGAGAUUUGUGUUGUCAGUGAAUUAGAAGAUCUCAGCGCCUCAGUAGAUGUGCAAGAUGUAUACACCAAAGUCAAAUGUAAAAUAGAAAGCUUCAACAUUGACCACUACAGAAACAGGCCAGAGGAAGGCUGGCAGUCAGGACAUUCUGAAGGAAUAUUUCUGCAAUGCAAAGAAAAACUUGUGACAACUGCAAAACUUUUAGAUGGCUCACACCAACAACACGGAUUUCUCUCUCUCACUUAUACAAAGGCUGUGACAAAAAAUGUCCGGCACAAGUUGAUAUCAAGAAAUGAACGAAGAACUUUCCAUAAGUUAUCUGAAGGUCUCAAUGAUGGUUCUCCUCAUUUUCUUCAUGAGAUCCUUCUUUCUGCUCAGGCAUUUGAUGUUGUCCUAUGUUUCCCUUUGCUUAAUGCAAUUGCAAGUAUAUUUCAAGCAAGGCUGCCAAGGAAUCAAAAAGAGAAAAGCAAAUCACCUGGCCAACCUAUGAGGACUCAUACUCUAACAUCUCGGAACUUACCUCUGAUUUAUAUCAACACAGGUGUAAUCAGAGUCUUCUUUCCCAAAACUGAGGAAAUGCAACAUGAUACAGGAGCUGAAGCUAAUCAGGCAAUAAAAGAAGACACUUUGAUUAUCAAGAUUGCCUCCGUCUCUAUGGCUCCCCAGGCUGACAACCCUCUUAGCAGAGCUGUACUCAGAAAAGAUAUUUACCAGAGAGCACUGAAUUUGGGAAUUCUUCGAGACCCUGGAUCAGAGGUUGAAGACAGACAAUACCAAAUAGAUCUGCAGUCUAUCAACAUUGGUACUGCGCAGUGGGAUCAGCUGAAACCAGAGAAGGACAAUAGUAAAGGAGGUGUGCUGACAGAGAGUGAAAGAAAUUCUCAAAACCCAGCGCUUGAAUGGAAUAUGGCCAGUAGCAUAAGGCGACAUCAAGAACGGAGAGCAAUUUUAACUCCAAUUUUAACAGAUUUCACAGUGCGAAUAACUGCAGCUCCUGCAAUCAUUUUCACAAAAGUAAUUUCACCAGAAAACUUGCACACAGAGGAGAUUUUAGUGUGCGGACAUUCUUUGGAGGUGAAUAUGACCACAAACCUGGACUUCUUCCUCAGCGUAGCUCAAGUACAACUUCUACAGCAGCUAGUACAAGCCAAUUUGAUUGGACUGGAGCCUUCUGACAAGAGCACUGAGGUUUCCAAACAAGAACAGAAAAAAAUGGAUAUAUCUGAUGGAGGAACAGUUGAAACUUCUUCACGUUAUAGUGGUGCCCAAGACAGUGGCAUUGGCAGUGACAGCGUUAAAAUCAGAAUAGUUCAAAUAGAACAACAUAGUGGCACCAGCCAACACCGCAUUGCACGUCCUUCCCGACAGUCUUCCAUUGUGAAGAACCUGAACUUCAUUCCCUUUGAUAUUUUUAUUACAGCAAGCCGGAUCUCCUUGAUGUCUUAUUCGUGUACUCCUUUAGCUAAAUCUAAAUCAUUGCAAGAUCAGAAAGAUGAUGAGAAGAUAAGCAAAAGUUCAUUAAACCUUCCAGAAACAGAUUCACGUGGUAGCCAAGACACCAGAAAGCUCAUUCAGGCACCUAUUUCAUCAGUAACUGCAGAUGAUCUCUUGAACAGUAACAAUUCUUUGCCCAGUGGGAGAAAAACAGGUCUACUGUCACUAGAAAGUCUUCAUGCUUCCACAAGGUCAUCUGCUCGACAAGCCCUUGGAAUAACUAUUGUUCGACAGCCUGGUCGUAGAGGAACUGGUGACCUCCGGUUAGAACCUUUUCUGCACCUUGUUGUAUCCCAGCCUUCUGUACUCUUGAGCUGUCACCACAGAAAGCAGAGGGUGGAAAUAUCAGUGUUUGAUGCUGUGCUUAAAGGAGUAACCUCAGACUACACGUGUACAGAUCCUGGAAAGACACUUCCAGAGGCUCUUGAUUACUGCAAGGUUUGGCUACAGACAGUAGCAGGAGAGAUAGAUGCUAAAAGUGGCAUUCCUCCUCCCCUCAUCACACUGCAAAUUAAAGACUUUCUCAAUGGGCCAGCUGACAUAAAUGUGGCUAUAUCAAAGCCUUUGAAAGCAAACCUGAGCUUUGUCAAACUUGAUCAAAUAAAUCAUUUCCUGAAGAAAAUCAUAAGGACGAAUGACUAUGAGACUAGCAAGGAGGCUGCUGCUUCAGCUGAUAGCAUUCCAAUCAAAGAUGACAUAUCAGCACCCAAAUGUUCCAGUAGAAAGGAUUCUUCACCUGCAGUAAGUGCUAAUGGAGAGCAAAUGGCUUCAGUCCAAGAAAACUUGUGGAGAGUUGUUUCCUGUUUUCAAAAGAUUUCCAUUCAUACUGCUCAAAUGGUUGUUUCUAUGGAAACCAUGCCACACCCGAAUAAACCUUUCCUGUUAGCAUCUUUAUCAACCCUCAGUGGAAGUCUGAAUGUCAAAGCUGGACAUAAAACUACAGGUGUAAUUCAUGGAUCAACAUUUGUUCUUGACAUAAAUGAUUUUCUCCUUAAAACAAGUUUCAAAGAAAGAAGCAGAGCUCUGAUAGGCCCCUUCUGUUGUUCUGUCAAUGUGGAAGCUAAGUGGUGUAAGCACAGUGGCAAUCCUGGUCCAGAGCAAUCCAUUCCAAAAAUACAUAUUGACUUCAGAGGAGGGCUUAUACAGGUCUUCUGGGGUCAAGAACAUUUGAAUUGUUUAGUUCUUCUCCAUGAACUUCUGCAAGGGUACCUUACUGAACAAGGCAAGAUGGAGACACUGAUCUCUGAUCAAACAAACCAGACUCAGUCUCCUAUGGAAAGGAAUCAGACCUCAAAAACUGAACAUACCUCAGAUGAUCUGAGAACAGGCCUGUUCCAGUACAUACAAGAUGCAGAAGCGCAGAAACUGCCGAGUGCCUAUGAAGUUGUGUUUUACGGUGAAACUGAGGAUAGUCCAGGAAUAAUGUUAUGGAGAUAUCCAGAACCCAGAGUGCUUACCCUUGUAAGAAUAACUCCUGUUCCUUUUAAUACAACUGACGAUCCAGAUAUUAGUACUGCAGACCUUGGAGAUGUUCUUCAGGUUCCUUGUAGCUUGGAGUACUGGGAUGAGCUCCAGAAAUCAUUCAUUGCAUUCCGGGAAUUCAGUCUAUCAGAAAGCAAAGUUUGUGAGCUGCAGCUGCCCAGUAUCAGCCUUGUGAAUGAUCAGAAGGAGCUUGUAGCCUCAGACCUUUGGAGGAUUGUCCUGAACAGCAAUCAGAAUGGAGCUGAUGACCAAAGCUCUGAAAGUGAAUCUGGCUCACAAAGUGCAUGUGAUCAGCUUGUGACUCCUACAGCAUUAGCAGCCUGUACCAGGGUUGACUCCUGUUUUACUCCUUGGUUUGUGCCUUCACUUGGCGUUUCAGUCCAUUUUACUCAUUUGGAACUCCAUCUCUACCAUCAUCUUGAUCAGCUGGGCACAGCACCAGCAAGGUCCCUUCAACCAUUUACCUCUGAUAAAAAUGUUCCAUCUGAACUAGAAUACAUGAUAGUUUCCUUCAAAGAGCCCCACACAUAUCUCCGGCAGUGGAGUGAUGAAUCAAUCUUCAAGGAGAUCCAGUUUUCUACAUGGACUGACUGUAAACUUUUGGAGUGCCGAAAUGUUACUAUGCAGAAUAUCGUGAAGCCUUUCAAAAUCUGUGGGCAGAUUGCCAUUUCUAGCAGUGCAACAGAAAGGUUGCUGGACUGCACUGUGAUGGUGGACCCUAUAUUCGUAAACUUUGGGCAGCAUGCAGUUCAUUCUCUGAAUACAGCAUUUCAAGCUUGGCAACAGAACCAAUGCCCGGAGGCAGAGGAGUUGGUCUUUAGCCAUUUUGUGAUCUGUAAUGACACACAGGAGACAUUGCGCUUUGGCCAGGUGGAUACUGACGAAAAUGUUGUGCUGGCUAGUCUGCACAGUCACCAGUACAGCUGGCGCUCUCACAAGUCCCCGCAGCUGUUACACAUCUGCAUUGAAGGUUGGGGAAACUGGCGCUGGUCUGAGCCAUUCAGUGUGGACAAUGCAGGGACCUUUAUCAGAACCAUUCAGUACAAAGGCAGGACAGCAUCACUUAUCAUCAAGAUUCAACAGCUCAGUGGAGUGCAAAAACAAAUCAUAAUCUGUGGAAGACAGAUGGUCUGUAGUUAUCUGGCUGACAGCAUCGAAUUGAAAGUGGUUCAGCACUACAUUGGUCAAGAUGGGCAGGCGGUUGUUAAAGAACAUUUUGACUGCCUUGCAGCCACACAAAAGCUGCCUUCCUAUGUUCUAGAAAAUGAUGAGCUGACCGAGUUGAGUGUGAAAGCUAAAGGAGAUGAAGACUGGUCAAGAGAUGUAUGUCUCAGUUCCAAACACACAGAAUAUAGCACAGUCAUUCAGGUGCCAUCUUCAAACAGUUCAAUUACUUAUGUGUGGUGCACAGUUUUGACAAUAGAACCCAACACUCAAGUACAACAACGACUAAUUGUUUUCAGCCCUCUUUUUAUCAUGAGGAGUCAUCUUCCAGAUCCAAUUAUCAUACAUUUGGAGAAAAGAAGUCUGGGGUUGAGUGAAACACAAAUGAUUCCAGGAAAAGGGCAGGAGAAAUCAUUGCAAAAUAUAGAGCCUGAUCUUACCCAUCACUUGACAUUUCAAGCCAGGGAAGAGGAUGAUCCAUCAGAGUGUGCAGUUCCUAUCUCAACAGCACUUAUUAAACAGAUAGCUACUAAAUCCCAUACAGGUGGCACUGUGAAUCAGAUACUCUCUGAGUUCUAUGGGAUUAAUAGCUCUCCCCAGCCUGUGUGGCCAUAUAAUAGAAAGGAUUCAGAGAGUAAUGAACAGCUCACUCAGUGGGAUAGCCCAAUGCGGGUGAAGCUGUCAGUGUGGAAGCCAUGUGUUAAAACUCUGCUGAUAGAACUCCUGCCCUGGGCUCUGCUUAACAAUCAGUCCAAAUGGGAUCUCUGGCUAUUUGAAGGAGAGAAGAUAGUUCUGCAGAUACCUGCUGGGAAAACAAUUAUACCUCCAAAUUUCCAGGAAGCUUUUCAAAUUGGAAUAUACUGGGCAAACACUAACACUGUGCACAAAUCAGUGGCAAUCAAGCUAGUUCAUAACAUAACAUCUCCAAAAUGGAAGGAUGCAGACAACGGGGAAGUGGUAACACUGGAUGAAGAAGGGUUUGUUGAAGCUGAAAUAAAACUUGGUGCCUUCCCAGGUCAUAAAAAGUUGUGUCAGUUCUGCAUUUCCUCUAUGGUUCAGCAUGGUAUUCAAAUUCUACAGAUUGAAGAUAAGACAACAGUAAUCAACAAUACAUCAUACCAUAUCUAUUGUAUACCACAGCUGUCUGUUUCAAGGCCUCGGUCAGGAGAGGAGUAUUUACACGUACCAGACAGUACUGCAUUCAGCAUCUGCCCAGCUGGGGAGCCACCUACUGAAAAAUUGAGCUCUGUUCCUUGCUGGGACCUGAUGUCAGACGUCAGUCAGUCAACUUCAGAAGUGUCCCUUUUUCAAAAGCACAUAUUGCUAAGUUUCAGUCCAGUUGUGUGUGCUGACAGCUCACGGUGCUGGAGCCUGCCAGCUGUGAUUAGACCAGAGUUUCCUAGACAGAGUGUGUCAGUACCCAUUGGAGUUUGUAAUGAAAGUGGAUUUUGUACCAGAGCCAUAGCACUAACUUAUCAAGAGCAUCUUGGGGUGACAUACUUAACUCUUACGGAAGACCCUAGUCCUCGCAUAAUUAUCCAUAACAGGUGUUCUGUCUCAUUGCUUAUAAAGGAGAACAUCAAAGACACACCAAAGUUUGAAGUUUAUUGCAAGAAGAUUCCAGCUGAAUGUUCUAUUCAUCAUGAGCUUUAUCAUCAAGUCUCCGGCUACCCAGAUUGCAAAACCAAAGACCUGCUGCCCAGCAUUCUUCUGAAAGUGAUAUCAGCAGAUGAACUAACAAAUGAAUGGAGUGAUUUUGUGGACAUUAAUAAUCAAGGAACACAGAUUGUGUUCCUAACUGGUUUUGGCUAUGUUUAUGUGGACAUUGCUCAUCGCUGUGGUACAAUAAUAAUAACUUUGGCACCAGAAGGAAGACCUGGACCUAUCCAGAUCAACCUGAACAGAACUCAGGAGCAGACCGUUAUAUUUAAAAUGUUCAUCAGCCAGGCAAGCCUUGCAGUGUUUGAUGAAAUAACAAAUCAUAAAAUGUCAUCUGAACUUCUGCGGCUUACAGCGGACAACAUUUUCCUUAACAUGGCACCAGUAGCCAGCUACUUGAGAUCCCUGUCUCAUGAAUUCCAGGGAGAGACCUCCGAAGGUCUUCUUCAGUUUUAUAGUCUCCAAAUAUAUUGUGGAGACUUGCAAUUGGACAACCAGCUGUAUAAUAAAUCCAGUUUCCAUUUUGCAGUCCUGUUGUGCCAGGGAGAGAAAAAUGAAACCAUGAAGUGGUCCAAAGUGAACAACCUCAUUUUAUCCAACAAAGAUUUGGACGAAUAUAAGGAAAACUGUUUCAUAAAACUCUGCAUCACUUUAUCAGAGGAACAGAAUUUCUUGUUUUGCGUUAAUGACCUCAACUUCGAACUGAAACCAGCGAGGCUGUAUGUGGAAGACACAUUUGUUUAUUAUGUUAAGACCUUAUUUGAUACAUAUCUUCCAGACAGCAAAGUGAUUGGUCAUUGCAUGAAAACCUCAACUAUUACCCAGAUACUGCCUGAACAAGUGAGACAGCAUGCUAAAGCUUUAGUCGACCCAGUGAAGUUAAGGAAGUUAGCAAUACAACCAGUUAACCUCUUGGUCAGUAUCCAUGCUUCACUAAAGCUGUAUAUAGCUUCAGAUCACACCCCUCUCUCCUUCUCUGUGUUUGAAAGAGGACCCAUCUACACCACAGCCAGACAGCUCAUCCAUGCCUUGGCCAUGCAUUACGCUGCGGGGGCACUGUUCAGAGCAGGCUGGGUUGUCGGAUCUUUAGAAAUUCUCGGAAGCCCAGCUAGCUUGGUGCGAAGUAUAGGGAAUGGCAUAGCUGACUUCUUUAGGCUCCCAUAUGAGGGACUGACCAGAGGCCCAGGAGCAUUUGUCAGUGGAGUUUCCAGAGGAACAACAUCAUUUGUUAAACACAUUUCCAAAGGUACACUGACAUCAAUUACCAAUCUUGCAACAAGUCUUGCUCGGAAUAUGGAUCGUCUGUCACUGGAUGAGGAGCAUUAUAACAGACAAGAAGAAUGGAGAAGGCAGCUUCCAGAGAAUUUGGGAGAAGGACUGAGACAGGGGCUUUCCCGCUUAGGCAUCAGCCUUUUAGGAGCAAUUGCUGGUAUUGUAGAUCAGCCAAUGCAGAAUUUUCAGAAAAUAUCUGAGGCCCAAGCUUCGGCAGGGCACAAGGCCAAAGGUGUUAUCUCUGGUGUAGGAAAAGGAAUUAUGGGAGUGUUUACUAAGCCAAUUGGAGGAGCAGCUGAACUUGUCUCCCAGACCGGCUAUGGUAUUUUGCAUGGAGCUGGACUUUCUCAGCUUCCCAAACAGCGCUAUCAUCCAAGGGAUCAAAAUGUUGAGCAGGCUCCAAACAGCCACGUCAAAUAUGUCUGGAAAAUGCUUCAGUCUCUAGGAAGGCCAGAGGUCCAUAUGGCACUGGACGUGGUUAUUGUGAGUGGAUCAGGCCAGGAGCAUGAAGGAUGCUUGCUGCUUACGUCAGAGGUGCUAUUUGUGGUCAGUGUCAGUGAGGACACACAGCAGCAGGCAUUCCCUGUGACUGAAAUUGAGUGUGUAGAAGACCAUCAACAAAAAAAUCUGCUGAAGGUGCAGCUCAAACAACAAAGAGUGCCUUGUGAUUUGGAGGUGGAUGGAGUUAGAGAGAGACUCUCUGAACAACAAUACAACCGGCUGGUGGAUUUCGUCACAAAAACAUCCUACCACCUUGCUCCAAGCCAUUCUUCUGUACAAACAGCAUCACAAGUUGUAGCUGCAGAGCCCCUUCCAAGCACAAUUAAGACAUAUCAGUACCUAGUUGAUCCAAAUUUUGCUCAGGUAUUCAUUAGUAAAUUCACUAUGGUAAAAAAUAAAGCCUUGCGGAAGGGAUUUAAUUAAGAACAAAUUAUGGCAAGCAUGGUUAUGCAUUACCAUUUUGAAAGUCAUGCUUUCUAUGCAGUCACCUAAUGUGAACUUUUCUAAUGUCAGUUUUGUGGGGUGGUGGAUGAUAGAAAAAUUUAAAAGCUACCUUUUCUGACCUGACUACAAGGACAGCUUUGGGAUUCCUGGUUUCUACGCAAGAUGUUAGCACUAGGAGGAAAGCAAAGUUGGUGCGUAAAAUAACCACUCUAACAAACAGAUAUUCAACCAAAGGGAAAGGUGGUAACUGAAUGAAAAUCCUUUGUUCUUUCUCUUAGCAGAAAUAAGAGGAAAGGAGACAAGGGAAAUCUUAUUCAUUGAGACAUUUUUUGCACACACCAAAAAUAGAUAUCUGUGCUCACUAUAUCAUAUUUUAGGGUCUGCCAGUCCCUGGUAUAAGCAAGGCUUAUAACUCAGCUGUAAAAACUUCCUCAAGGUUGAAACUUUUUCCACCCCAAUGUCUACAUACUGAAGCAAAACAUAUUCCCCUACUAAAUCUGAUAGACCUGGUGUGACCGUUUUAAGUUACUAGCGACAGCUGGGUUUUAGCACCACUCUAACCUUAAAAUAGCUUCCUUUAUUUGACUGAAAUUUUGCAGGACAUUAGUCCUUAAUGUAAACUAGUGCCUUUGUGUGGUUUGAAGAACAAAAUGGAAACGAUAACAUUAAUUUAUUUUUGCAACUGUCUGUAUACAGAAAACUUAUUUUAUCCACCAAUCAAAAUGUCAUAAGAAUUUUCGAGAUAUAUACAUACACCAUUGUGGAUUAGUUGGUAAUAUGUAAUUAUGUCAGGGAGACAGGAGCAGUUAUAAUUUUGGGUCCAGUAAUGUGCAUUUUAAAAAGCUUUAGGAGCUGUGUUUAUUCUCAUUAAUAUGUACCAAAAAUUCAUUAGCACCUUGCUCCUUUUAAACCCAAGUGCUAAACUUCAUCCGUAGCUCACCUUGAUAGGCUCUACUAUUUCUGGACUCUCCAAACCGUACCCACAGCACUUCCUUACUUCAGCCAGCUGUAAUUCAUUUUAUGCUUAUCACCCUAAAAAUGUCAGAAACCAGGAAAUUCGGAAUCAGGACUAGGAAGUCAUGUAUUACAUCAGACCAUACAGAACUACAUGUGCCUAAAAAUUAUACCCUAUUUUGCACAGCAGAGCAAUUGGAAAAUUCUUGGAGUUAGACUCAUUUCUCAAUACAUGUAACAACUGUGAAAUAGGUCGGAAGACAGAGUUGUAUGAAAACUGCAAUAUUGGAGCCCGGUGCAAACCACUAUCUGUCAGCAAGAUGGCUACUACCAGCAGUAGGCUUACAAAGGGCAAUUGCAGUAUCAAUGACAUCAGUGUUAGAUGGCACUUGUAACAAUAUUAAGUAAAAAGCUUUUAGACAGAAAUGUGCUUUUCAAGUUGUUCUUUACCCUUUAUUUUCAAAUCUGUGUUAUAGUUUGUACUGCUGUCAUCACAAGAGCAGUUAGAUUGCUUUGCAGAGCAAACAUACCUACAGCAAUUUUCAUUUUAAAUGGUAAAAGCUGACUUGACUCAGUUUCUUGGCUUUUGUGAGCUUCUACUUUAAACUCUGCCCAUGACUCUUCUCCUUCUGACCGUGAAUUUCAGCACAUGAACUAACUUCUUGUGUGGGGAUUCCUGAUGUACCUGAAUACAACCAGCAACUAAGUUAGGAACAGGAGUCAAGUCAGAUCAUUGUCCUUAGUGUUCAGUAAAUGCCAUUUACUUAUGUUAGCAUCUCCUAUACAUGGCUAUGACCAAAUGGACAUACAAUAAGAAUGUAUUAAUUGCUAUGCGUUUCUCAUGAGUUCUGCUUUGUUGAAGCUACUCCUGGAAUUCAUGUCUCUUGUGUACUAAUAAGGAAGAAGCCUGGGAUUUGAAUAGCCCUUUGCUGAAUGUGAAAAGAACCCAUCCAUUAUUAACAUUUCAUACAGUCAGCUAGCUACUUGGUUGUUGUUUGCCUUUAAAUGACACUAUUUAAAAAUGUAAAUAAAUAGAUUGUUCAUUCCUGAAUCUUUUAUGGGAAAUAGUUUACUACUGCUAAUUUUACAUACUGAUGCAUAAAUUGUAAUAUAACAAGAUUGUUUAAAGUUAAUAAAGCUAUUCCU